UCGGUGUGUCCCUGAAAGAUAAAGAUAGAAGCCCAUAGAAAAACCCAGGCUGGAUUAAGCGUCUGCUUGGCUGUGACACAGGGUGGGGGUUUGGAAGAGAAGCAGGAGAAAAGCCAUUGUGGGUCGGCACUGGAGCAAGAGAGAUAGUGUGAGAGAGGGGGAAGGAGGGUUUGUGAGAGAGAUGGACGUGUAUUUUAUAGUAUGCUAUGUUUAAUAGCAGCAUCACAGAGAGAGGGAGGUGAAAGAGGGCAAAAUGCAGGAAAAAGAGGAUUCUCAGAGCAGAGCCCCUGGCAGGAAGGCUCACCCAGCUCUCAAAGCCUUUAUGUGUGGCUCUCUCAGCGGCACCUGCUCUACGCUGCUCUUCCAGCCUUUGGAUCUGAUCAAGACACGCCUGCAGACCCUGCAGAACAAUUCCAAGCCGGGUGCACCAAAGGUGGGGAUGUUCACCGUUUUAAUCAACGUUAUCAGGAACGAGAAUUUCUUCAGCCUGUGGAAGGGAGUUUCACCAUCUUUCGUGCGCUGCAUCCCCGGCGUGGGCAUCUACUUCAGCACCUUCUACUCCCUGAAGCAGCACUUCUUCCUGGAGCGGGCACCCAACGCUGGCGAGGCUGUCCUGCUCGGAGCGGGCGCCAGAGCCGUGGCUGGUGUCUCUAUGCUGCCAUUCACAGUCAUCAAGACACGCUUUGAGAGUGGCUGUUACAACUAUGUGAGUGUGGCAGGAGCUCUGAAGAGUGUGUAUGAGACGGAGGGACUCAGGGCUCUGUUCUCAGGGCUGACUGCCACGCUGCUCCGAGACGCUCCGUUCUCCGGCAUCUACGUCAUGUUCUACAGCCAGGCCAAGAAGGCGCUGCCUCAAGAGGUGACGUCGUCGCCCUACGCCCCGCUGGUGAACUUCAGCUGUGGGAUGGUGGCAGGCGUCAUGGCGUCGCUGGCCACGCAGCCAGCAGACGUGGUGAAGACCCACAUUCAAAUCAGCCCAUCCCACUGGGGGACGACAGAUGCUAUCCGCUACAUCUACACGGAGCACGGCAUGGGCGGGUUUUUUCGCGGGGCUGUCCCCAGGUCUCUGCGACGCACCCUGAUGGCGGCCAUGGCCUGGACCGUCUACGAACAGCUGAUGGCUCGAAUGGGCCUCAAAUCCUGAGGAGCAUCAUUUACAAGACGCAACAGAACAGGAUGAAAUAUGAGGGAUAAUGUCGUACAUUAUUUUCUCACUAAAAGCCCUGCGAAAGAAGAAAAGGGAUCCGAGGAGCUCGUAGAGACCGGGAACCAGCACAACCAAGUUUUUGAGAAGAAUAACCAGGUGGAUGAAUGUGAGAGAGUAAGACCGCUGUGUGUGUGUGUGUGUGUGUGUGUGUGUGUGUGUGUGUG